GAAGUAUACUCAGUUCCAGUAAAGGAUUGGUUUCAAGAUUCAGCCUGGGUUGUCUUAAUGAUUAGAAUUCUGGCUUCCAGGAGAAGCCCCUAAGGCCAAGGCCACUGAAGAUAGCAGAAAGUGGAAGUCAGUCUGACCUUUAGAGAAUGUGGAGUGGAUAUAAGAUCUUAAUCUUCUCUUAUCUUACUACAGAAAUUUGGAUGGAAAAACAGUACUUAUCUAGAAAAGAAGUGGACCUGGGAGCUGGUUUCACUAGGAAUGCCACCAUUUUGGAAGGUACUCGAUUGAAAAGAGCCAUUUUCAAAGGGCAAUACUGUAGAAGUUUUGGUUGUUGUGAAGACAGAGAUGAUGGCUGUGUCACUCAGUUCUAUGAGCUGAAUGCACUGUGUUACUGUGAUAAAUUCUGUGAAAGGGAAAAUUCUGAUUGCUGUCCUGAUUACCGGUCAUUUUGUCGUGAAGAGAAAGAAUGGCCUCCUCAAACAAAGCCUUGGUAUCCAGAAGGUUGCUUCAGAAAUGAUCAACUUUAUGAAGAAGGAUCAGUAAUUAAAGAAAACUGCAACUUCUGCACAUGUUCAGGACAGCAGUGGAAGUGUUCCCAGCAUGUGUGCCUUGUUCAACCGGAAAUAAUUGAAUGGGUCAAUAAAGGAGACUAUGGAUGGACAGCUCAGAACUAUAGCCAAUUUUGGGGAAUGACUUUAGAAGAAGGUUUCAAGCAUCGCCUUGGUACUUUGCCACCCAGCCCCAUGCUUCUGAGUAUGAAUGAAAUAAAAUCUUCUUUGCCUGCAGAGACCGAUCUUCCAGAGUUUUUUGUUGCUUCAUAUAAAUGGCCUGGAUGGACUCAUGACCCACUGGAUCAAAAAAAUUGUGCUGCAUCAUGGGCAUUUUCUACUGCAAGUGUGGCAGCUGACCGAGUAGCAAUUCAGUCCAAGGGUCUAUAUACAGCCAACCUGUCCCCUCAGAAUUUGAUCUCUUGCUGUGCCAAGGACCGACAUGGAUGCAACAGUGGAAGCAUUGAUAGGGCUUGGUGGUACCUGAGAAAACGUGGACUGGUAUCCCAUGCAUGCUAUCCACUUUUCAAGGACCAAAAUGCUGCCAACAGUGAAUGUGCCAUGGCAAGUAAAUCUGAUGGACGAGGAAAACGGCAUGCCACCAAGCCAUGUCCCAACAACUUUGAGAAAUCUAACAGGAUCUACCAAUGUUCUCCUCCAUACAGAGUCUCAUCCAAUGUAACUGAGAUAAUGAGGGAAAUCAUGCAAAAUGGACCAGUUCAAGCCAUAAUGAAAGUCCAUGAAGAUUUCUUCCAUUAUAAAUCAGGGAUAUAUAGACACAUUAUUGGUACAAAUGGAGAAUUAGAAAAAUAUCGAAAGCUCCGGACACACGCAGUCAAACUCACUGGAUGGGGCACACUGAGAGGAGCACGAGGGCAGAAAGAAAAAUUUUGGAUUGCUGCCAACUCCUGGGGAAAGUCAUGGGGAGAGAAUGGCUAUUUCAGGAUUCUUCGAGGAGUAAAUGAGUCUGACAUUGAAAAGUUGAUUAUUGCAGCUUGGGGCCAACUGACAAGCUUAGAUGAACCAUAGCAUAUCAUUAAAUUUCUGCAACACCAUGCAUUAACUAACCCCUUAAGCUGAAAUUAGGCAAUGUAAAGUGCUCUGUGACAGAGGGAUCUUUUUCUCUUCACCUUGCUACGAUGUGUCUGUUUUCUGGUUUCAUCCCAGGCUCUAUGCUUCCGCUUCAUAUUACUGA